AUGAACGAGACAGGUGAGGUUAUACAGUCCGUCUUGAUUGGCGUCGUCGUCGCCAGUUUCUUUCUCAAGACCUGUCGAGUUUUACAGGUCAUUGGAUUUUGUAAGAAAUGCUUGGUUUGCAAACACAACAGAGGAAUCAUACACAGAAUCCUCAUAUGGUCCAAAGCUCUGCAUCUGGCCAUGUUCGAUAUCUAUUGUUUAAUCUCUGAGGACUCGAGUGCUAUAGAAUAUGGAAAGAGGCUUCUUCACACCCUUCAUAGCUAUGACGAGAAAUCUUUAGAAUGUAACCUACUCCUAACACUAGCCGUUCUCUGUGAAAAUCAUGGGAAACUAGUUGAUGCAGAGGAACUAUUUCAAAAGGCAGCAGAAAUCAAUAAGGAAAUAGGCAACAGUAGCGAAGAAGCCUUUUGCUACGAGAAACUGGGGAUUGUCUGUAAUUCUCUUGGUAAAACCGUCAAAGCGACGGAAUCGUUCGAGAAUGCUCUGAAGGUCAGAAUACAAGAGGGUGACAAAACUGGACAAGCCAGAAAUUACUCCAACCUUGGGGCCAUGUUUCAGUCUCUUGGUAAAUACAUAAAGGCGAAAGAGUAUCUCGAAAAAGCAAUUUCUAUCACAAAAGAAUCAGGCGACAGGGAUCUAGAAGCGAGUUCUCAUGGAAACCUAGGGACAGUGUUGGAGAGAAUUGGUGAAUAUAACAAGGCAAAAGAGCAUCACGAAAAGUCACUCGCAAUUAAGCAAAAAAUUGGUGAUCAAAAAGGUAAAGCCCCGACUUAUGUGAACCUGGGCAUUGUUUUUCUAUCUCUUGGCGAGUAUGCCAGAGCUAAAGAAUAUUUUGUUAAGGCUCUUAUGAUGUACCAAGAAGCUGGUGAAAAAAUGGGAGAAGCAAUAUGUCACGGAAAUAUUGGAAUAGUUUUACAGCGUCUUGGUCAAUAUCUAGAGGCAAAGAAUUAUCACGAAAAAUGCCUGAAAAUCAGGCACGAGAUUGGUAACAAGGACGGAGAGGCAUCAUCUUAUUGCAACCUAGGAACUGUCUUUCUCGAUUUAGGUGAAUAUACCGAGGCUAGGGGUUAUUUUGAAAGGGCGAUUGAAAUCGUAGUAAAAACUGGUGACAAAUUGGUUGAAGCGAAAUGUUAUGGAAAUCUAGGAAAUGUGUUCCAGCAUCUUGGCAAAUAUCGUAAGGCACAAGAUUAUUACCAGAAAGCACUUUUCAUAGAACAAGAAAUUGGACACAAAAAAGGAGAGGCAGCAUGUUAUGGAAAUCAAGGCAAUUUGUUUCAACGUUAUGGUAACUAUGCAAAGGCUAGAGAUUAUUACGAAAAAGCGAUUAGAAUCCAACAAGAAAUUGGUGACAUCAAUGGUGAGGCUACAUCUUACGAUGGUUUAGGAACUGUGUAUCAAAUUCUGGGUGAUUAUAGCAAGGCAAAAGAUUAUUACGAAAAAGCUGUGGCAAUCAUACGAAAACUCGGGAACAGAAGAGGUGAAGCCUCGUUUCACUUGCACAGUGGAACUUUGCUCCAAUUCCAAGAUGAGUAUUUCAAAGCAAAGGAUCACUACGAAAAAGCACUUGCAAUCGCCCAAGAAAUCGGCGCAAGGAAAGAAGAGGCAUUAUGUAAAGGAAACUUAGGAACUGUAUUUAAACAUUUGGGUGAAUAUGUAAAAGCGAAGGAUUACUACGAGAAAGCACUAACAAUCCAUAAAGAAAUGGGUAAUGGAGGAGGUGAAGCUUCUUGCUAUGGGAACCUCGGCGCUUUGUUUCUCUCUCUUGGAGAAUAUGUCGAGGCACAACAUUAUUUCGAAAAAGACGUGGGGAUAAGAAGAGAAAUUGGAGACAAAAGAGCGGAGGUCACGUCGUACAUAAAUGUCGGAAAUGUGUUUUUCAGUCUUGGAAAAUACAAGAAGGCUGACGAAAAUUUUCAAAAAGCGCUUUCAACUUCAAAACUACUUAGUUACAGACAGGGAGAAGCAGGAUCUUACAGUAUGAUUGGACGCAUUCAUCGCGUUAUUGGCGACCACCAAACGGCCAAAGAAUACUUCGAGAAGGCUAUGUCAAUCAGUGAAGAAUUCGGGGACAAGAAAGGAUUGGCAAGAGAUUAUGAACACCUGGGAAGUUUAUGCAUCUCCCUCAGUCAAAACGUCAAAGCUAAAGAAUAUCUUGAGAGGGCACUUGCCAUCAGCAGAGAGAUUCGUGACGAAUUGCGAGGAAUUGCGUGGUGCUGUUGGGGACAGCGAUCAAUUUAA